GCGCCAUAUUGGAGUGUAACUAACUAGCUAUUGUUAUAAAUAGGGUCGGGGCUGCUGCUGGCUGAGUUUACAUGUUUUCUACAAGUUUGUUCUAAGGAAAAGAGAAAGUUAUCGGUGGGUCAUGAAAGAAAUGUCAGCGAACCGUAACAGUAUGCAUGGCGGGCAGCAGCCUCAGAAACACUAUGGCAUUACCUCGUCCAUUAGCAUGGCCUUCCCCAGGGAGGUGGACCAUCAGUACACACACAAGCUCAGCGAGGCCAUGAAACCCUUUGGGGUGUUCGAGGAUGAGGACGAACUCAACCACAGACUCGCAGUUCUUGGGAAGUUGAAUUCAUUUGUCAAGGAAUGGAUUGCCGAGAUCAGUGAAACGAAGAACCUCCCACCAUCGGCGAUAACCAAUGUGGGGGGAAAGAUCUUCACCUUUGGGUCUUACCGGCUUGGAGUUCACACUAAAGGGGCGGAUAUUGAUGCCUUGUGUGUAUCGCCGCGACACGUGGAGAGGACAGACUUCUUCGACUCAUUCUUUGCAAAGCUCAAACUGCACGAAGAGAUCAAAGAUCUACGGGCGGUGGAGGAUGCCUUUGUACCUGUGAUCAAAUUCAAGUUUGACGGCAUCGAGAUUGACCUGCUGUUUGCGCGGCUGGCUCUGCAGUCCAUCCCAGAUAACCUGGAUCUGAGAGGAGACUCCCACCUGAGGAACCUGGACAUCCGCUGCAUCCGCAGCCUCAAUGGCUGCAGAGUGACAGACGAGAUCCUGUACUUGGUACCAAACAAGGAGAACUUCAGACUAACCCUGAGGGCCAUCAAGCUGUGGGCCAAACGCCGUGGAAUCUACUCCAACAUGUUGGGCUUCCUGGGUGGAGUCUCCUGGGCCAUGCUGGUAGCCAGGACCUGCCAGCUCUACCCCAACGCUGUGGCAGCCACUCUCGUACACAAGUUCUUCCUCGUCUUCUCCAAAUGGGAAUGGCCGAAUCCUGCUUUGAAACAGCCUGAAGACAGCAAUCUGAAUCUACCUGUUUGGGAUCCACGAGUGAACCCGUCAGACAGGUACCACCUGAUGCCCAUCAUCACGCCAGCCUACCCCCAGCAGAACUCCACCUACAACGUCUCCACUUCCACACGCACCAUCAUGAGCGAGGAGUUCAAAUACGGUCUCAGUGUCACAGAUGACAUCCUUCAGGGGAAAACCCGACUGGUCCAAACUGUUCCAUCCGCCAACUUUUUCCUGAAGUACAAGCAUUAUAUUGUUCUGACUGCCAGUGCAUCCACAGAAGAAAACCAAUUAGAAUGGAUCGGUCUGGUGGAGUCUAAGAUCCGUGUCCUGGUGGGGAACCUGGAGAGGAACGAGUACAUCACCCUGGCACACGUCAACCCCACAUCCUUCCCCGGGAACAAGGAGAGCUGUAGCGAGAACGAGUUUGUCUCCAUGUGGUUCAUUGGGAUCAUCUUCAAGAAAGUGGAGAACACAGAGAGCGUCAACAUCGACCUGACCUACGACAUCCAGUCCUUCACAGACACAGUUUACAGGCAGGCCAACAACAUCACCAUGCUGAAGGAUGGGAUGAAGAUCGAAGCGACGCACGUGAAGAAGAAGCAGCUCCACCAGUACCUUCCUGUUGAGCUGGUGCAGAGGAAGAAGAGGAGCAUAGUGGAGCUGAACCGCAACUCCAACGGCGGGACUUCCAAGCGUUCCUCUCUCGAUGGCAGUCAGCUGGACAGUUCCAGAGACACUGACUCCGGGACUCCCUUCAGCUCUCCCACCUCCGUCUGCAAGCCGUCCAGGCCGGCCGCCUCGGACACAGACGACAGUUUGACACCCCCCAAGGUGCCGAGUCUCUCUGUUUGUGGAGCCAGCUCCUCAGUGCCAGACGUCUCUCCACCCAGGACCGAUCAGGAGCAGGGUUUGUCCAUCCCCGUCAUUGGAUCAAAGUCCGAGCCCUCUGCCCCAACGGCCAGUCGGUAGCACCAUUCCUACAGUAGUGGGUAGGAGCCUGGUCUCUCUCCCUGGCAGCACCACCUCCUACAGAGCAGAACCAGAACGGAGCCAAGAGGCUCCACUCCCCUACGCUGGAGGAUCAGUCCAAGAGAACUAAAGACA